AUGUCAGAUCACACACAGCUAGACAGUUCAGGCCCCGAGGACGACUCACCCUCGCCCUUCCACGGCCGCCGCUGGGCAGACGACGAGACGACACGUCGAAUCUCAUCCUUCCUCGCCGUCGCCGCCUCCGUCUUCGAGACCGGGACCGCCGACCUCGCAACCCUCCACGGCGCCGCCGUCGAGGCCGACGAGAUCCUCCGCCAGUGCAACCCCAACAGAGGAAAUCCUCCGUCAGACAGCAGCGACCCGGGCCCGUUCACGGCCUUUAUCCCGGACAUCGAGGCCCGCCAUGCCCGGCUCCGCGACCUCAUCGCCCACCUCUCGCGCCCGCAUCUGAGACCCUUGAGGCUCACCUCCCUCCCGCCCGAGAUCCUCGCCAUCGUCGUUGCUCACUGCGAAGGCGGCGCCAACCACCAAAAUGACGACGAGGACGACGACGACAGCAACAACAACAACCCAGAGACCGUCGCCGCGAUCCGCAACCUCCGUGUCACAAACCGCGCCCUCGCCUCCCUCGCGGCACCGCACCUCAUCCGCACCCUCGACGUCUCCCUAACCCCCUCCUCCCUCGCCAGGCUCGACGCCGUCUCGCACCACCCGACAAUCAGCACCGGCGUCCUCCGCCUCCGCGUCAGCCUCGCCUCCCACCCGCCCCGGCUCGCCGCCGACCUCGCCUCCUUCGUCCGCUCCGCCUUCCGCCGCCUCUCGCGCGAAGCCAAGCGCGACGACCGCGCCCGCCGCCUCGCCAAGCCGGAUGCCGACAAACACGCCGCCCGCACGCGGGAGUGGAUCCGCAACGGCGCCGGGUCCGACUUUCUCGUCCGCGCCUUCACCGAGUUCGCCCGCCGCCGCGACGUCCACGAGGCCGUCCGCGCCGCGCGACUCGGCUCUCGCGUCGCCGACGCCGUGGCGCGCAUGCGCAACGUGAGGGCCGUCCGCGUCGACGACGAGGCCGCCCGGCCCCCGUGGCACGAGAAGUACCCCGCGCGCAGCGAGGACGACCCCCUCGUCGACGAGGAGGCGUUGCUGGAGCUCGUGACGCUACCGAUGCGAUGGGAGGCCGCCGCCGCGUGGGAGGCCGCCGACAAGAGCGACCACCCCGUCGAGGUCCUCCGCGACAUCCUGGUCGCCCUCGGCAAGCGGGAGGUACCACUCACGCGGCUCGACGUGAAGCUGACGCCGCCGGCGCGGUACGACGGGCUGUCCUGCACCGAGGCCGAGCGCGAGGACAUCCAGCGCGCCGUCCGCGGGCUCCGCUCCGUCGACUUCGAGGUGAAGCCCUCGCGCGACGUCCGCGACGAGUUCGACCCGCCCGCGUGGCCGCCGCGCGGACCCGCGGAGCUCGCGGCCCUCGGCGGCUUCAUGAGCGCCGCGCUCGCGUCGCCGGCUCUCGAGGUCGCGAACCUCGACUUCGGGGCGCUGCGGCGCGAGAACCAGGACCUCUGGGCCCUCGACGCGCUCCUCCGGUCCGCGCCGGAGGGGUGGCCGCGCCUCCGCCGGCUGACGCUGCACCACCCCUGCCUCCGCGCGUCCGACCUCAAGACCCUCGUCGUCCGCAGCGAGCGGCUGGCCUGGCUCAGCAUCGAGGCGCCGCACCUAAGCGAAGGGUCCUGGGCUGAGGUCUUGGAGAUGCUGCACGGCAGGACGGAUCCGCGGAGACGGGAGCGGGGCGAGACGCCGAUGAAGACGCCGACGGGCGGCGAGGCCGAGGAUAUGUCGUUCGCGCAAUACGACUCCGUCUUUUCGGAGCCCCGGGGAUGGACCGCGCAGGUGGAGGAGGGGGGAGAGGAGGCGCCGAUGGGCGAGGGCCGGCGGCUGAGCGCGGCGAUGCGGUAUGUGUUGCAUUUGCAGGCCGAAAAUCCGCUGUACGUGACGCAAUGA